AUGGAACAUGUGAAGAAGGGAUCCAUCAAUUCAAAGCAGUAUUGGAAAUCUGAAGGUGUGAAUAUUGAUUGGGAUGAAGGAGAAAAACCACCUAAAAUCACUUGUGAAAAGAUCAGGAAGUAUCUGAGACAUUUCCUACUUGGAUUAGAUUAUUGUAUUAAUACACAAAUUGUACAUAGAGAUAUUAAACCAGAUAAUUUAUUGAUUGAUGAGUUUGAUAACUUAAAGAUUGCUGAUUUUGGUGUCGCAUAAAUGUAUGAUAGUUCAUCUGCUGAUUUGAUUCAAGGAGAUGUGGGAACCAAGGCCUUCUUGCCUCCAGAAGCAUUCAAGACUUCUUAGGUUAAGGGGAAACCAGCAGAUAUCUGGGCUGCUGGUAUCACAUUCUUCAUGCUCACUUAAGGAGGACAUCCUUUCCCAGCUAAAAAUGUUUAGUAACUCAAGGAGGCUGUUUCAUAUAAUGAAAUUAAUUUCUCUAAAGAUACUGAUCCAGAUUUGGCUGAUUUCCUAAGCUGUUGUCUGAAGAAGGAUGCAAGGUAACGUCACACACUUGAGUAACUUAUGGAUCAUCCAUUUAUUACAAUGAAUGGAGAGGAACCAUUGAUCGAACAGGAGUUUUCAGAUGAGAAUUUCUUCAUUUCUGAAAAUGAAAUAAGUAAGGCACUCUCCAAAGUUACUAUAAGAGCUACUGUAAGAGUUUUUGCUAAACUUAAACAGAAGCUUAAUCAGUCUAGACAGAGGAUAAAGAAAUAGUAAUGA